AGGCUUCCCAUCAUCGGAGGAACGCACUGGAUUUUUCUUACUAAAGAACUUUUAAUCAAAUACCAUAGAAAAACAAGGUAUUUGGUUUGAGCAUGUCAGAGUGGACAGUGGUGCUCGAUAAUUCCAUAAAAAUGAGAGAAACAUUGAAUGUUUGGUGGUGUGUGCAUCAAGACUCGAGAGAAAAGCGAAAAGAGAAGACGAUUCCAUCGCCGCAUGAGCGCUAGAGACGGGAAUCACUUCGCUGGAUAGUGAAAAGGCGCGCUGAAGCGCACAGCUAAUCCACCAUAAACUGAUGGACAUCAGCACUUCCUCCUUCAACAUGAACGACUACAAUGGGACAACAAUGUCUGAGAAUACCAGCAGCACCAAUGCCUCAUUCGGAUCCUUACUUCCCUUCAGUGAGGUUACUGCAGUGACCUACACUAUUGUCUUCGUUGUGGGUUUCUUGGGUAACGCAUUAGUUAUCUAUGUAGUUGCCCGAUACAGCAAGAUGAAGACAGUAACCAACAUGUACAUCCUGAACUUAGCUGUGGCAGAUGAACUCUACAUCUUAGGGAUCCCCUUCAUAGGGACCAAUAGUGUUUUCUCCUAUUGGCCAUAUGGAGAUUUUCUCUGCAAGGUGGUCAUGACCGCUGACGGCAUGAGCCAGUUCGCCUCCACCUUCUGCCUGACGCUGAUGAGCAUUGACCGCUUCCUUGCUGUGGUUUAUCCCAUUCGUAGCACCAGAUGGCGAAAGCCACGGAUGGCCAAGAUUUUCAGUGGCCUGGUGUGGGUUGUUUCCCUCUUGAUGGUGUUGCCGGUCACCAUUUUCUCACAUGUGCAGGAAAACUUCAACACCUGCAACAUAAACUGGCCAAACCCUCUGGGACUAUGGUCUGUUGUUUUUAUCCUGUACACGUCAAUCAUGGGAUUUUUUGGCCCUUUGGUUGUCAUCUCUCUCUGCUAUCUCCUGAUUGUCAUCAAGGUGAAGUCUUCAGGCGUGCGGGCAGGCCUGACUAAGCGCCGUAAGUCAGAGUGCAGAGUGACGCGCAUGGUGGUGAUCAUCGUGGUGGUUUUUAUACUUUGUUGGCUGCCCUUUUUUACUGCCAACAUUGUGAAUUUGUUUCAUGUCAUACCUGAGGACAAAAUCACUACCGCUGUCUACUUUUCCCUGGUCAUCCUCACCUACGUCAACUCCUGUGCCAAUCCAGUCCUCUACGGUUUCUUGUCUGACAAUUUCAAGCAGAGCUUUAGGAAAGUGCUUUGCUUCUACAAAGAGAAUGGUGCUACGGAACCAGUGGGGACCAGACAGAACACUGAGAAGGCCAUCCAGAUGGAGGUCAUAGGAAACACCGACAAUGAGCCUUUCAACUCAAAACCUGCAUUGAAUGGCCAGUGAUUAUUGUUUUGUUGCUGAUCCCACUUGUACCGGUGGACCACAAGGAACUCAGACAUUUCACCCAUUGGGCUUCGUACAGAUAGGGAAUUUCCUGUGUUUAUUUCAAUUAGCCUCAUUCCUCACUUUGACAUCUCUGAAGAGGUUCAUUGAACUGUUUGAUAAACAGCUUUUACUAACCACUGCAUUUUUUUGUUUCCAUGUCUUUGUACACUGCAACAGAUUGACUGUGAGCAUUUGUUUUGUUGUUGUUGUUGUUGUGAAGAUAGUCAAAAGAAUAUCAGUUUUUAAAUAUAUUGUAAUCAUAUUAGACUUGUUGUGUUGUUAUUGUUUUAUUAAGCAUGAUCUUUUCUGAAGAAGUGCUCUUUGUGAUGCUUUUCUAACAUGCAGUCUGUACCAUUUGCUUAAAUUGCAUAUUUAGGGUGAUCCUUAUUUAGCACUGAAAAACAUCCAGAAAGAAUGUGUCAUGCCAAAUGGCUGACCAAUAGAUGGCCGAAUCAGAAAUGUUUUUUUUUUUUAGUAACAAGAAUCAAUUGUUUGGUGGUGCACUCAUUUUGGCUUUAAUGGACAAGUGUGACAGAAUAUUGAUCUCCUUAAACAACUCUCAGAAGAACAAUCCAGUAAAAAUAUUUGCUUUCCCUUUAAGGCAACAAGUAGGUAGUAGUUAAUCAAUGCAAUAUAACUAUAUAUUACGCAAAAUCAACCACAUAGGUCACAAGCAUGACCAUUAUCAGAGUGAUUUAAGAUGCUUGGCUCCUGUCAGUGUUGGUGGUGUACCC